AUGGGGUCAUUCUGGGGUCAUAUGGACCAGGGGAUAUUUUUUAUUUGCCUCGCGUUGUGGUGGAUGGUGAACAUGUUUGCAGUGUACAUACAGAAAUCUGGCCGAGAGAAAGAAAUUGUUUUGCCUAGCUCGUAUGGUCUUCCUUGUCGGCGCCAUGUUCCGAUUGAAAUAUUUUUCAAAAUUAGCUUUCCUGUGUUUGGUUUUCUCAUUGAGAUUGUCGCUGAGGGCGGCCCUCGUUUCCAUGACGACGACGGCAACUUCCGGAGAUUGACCAACAUGCAACACAUGACCAUAUAUGGCAUGUUUGUAAUCCACGGAGUAGCCGACCUAUUUCUGUGGUACGGCGGACCGAUUCCCCACCAUGCCAACAGUCUGACGUUAGCGCUCGCCUUCUUCUGGUACGCCUAUGCCUUUGUGUUCCACGCCACCAUGCCGGACAAGGAACCGCUGCAGACGGUCGUGCACAUCCUCCCCAUCCCCUUCAUGCUGACCACGGGGACAUCUGUCCUGCUGAGGGUCCGUCACCCCCGCGGCCUUCACCUUGUUCUGUGCGCGGCGUUCGGGGUACUCACGCUGGGGACCUGGUUUUGUCACCUGCCGUUCAUGUUGUACGCCACUGAUACGUUCCCAGGCAGUGAGCCGAACGACUGGGACCGGAAAGACCCGAGGAACUCCGCCUUUGCGGUAGCGAUGUUCGGCGUCCAUCUUUGUUUAAAUAUAGUAACCACGUGCGCGGUGUACGCCGCGACCUACCUCGUUGUGACGAGAACAAAGAUGGCGUGCAACGUCAAGACGUGUUACCAGACUAAAAAUAAACCCUACGAAAAGUUACCCCUGUACGAGCCUGCAGACGAUUCUUACGUCACCCAAAACAAGUGA